UAAUAACAGCCUGUAGCCAUUAGACAAUAUGGUAUUUUAUCGUAGUUCGUCUGCAGCAGUAACAAAACCCACAGGGCAUCGGGGAGUUAAUGUGCUGGUGUGGAGGAGACGAGCAACACACAGAAACAACUCCAGGGCCCCACAGCGUGUCCCACAUAUUUGCAUCUCUCCUGUACGUGCAGAGCUGAAGUAGUACUGACGCACACACUUCCUCACAUCCGGGUUCUUAUCCAUCUGCUCUCAGUAGCGCAGCUGGGGGAAGAGGAAGUGAGCAGUACCACAAGAGGUAGCGGAGGGGGGAUUCGACGGUCCCACCGUGGCUGAGGAGGUUUCAGGGUCCCGGACCUAAUCAUGGAGAUCUUAAUUUGCCAGAAACUUUGUGACAACUAAAACUGAGAAAACUGAUUAAUGCACGAAACCCAGCCCAGAUCAGCAUAUCUUCUGCACAUCUGCCAUUGACUGCUACAUGGACUCGGCAGGCCGAUGGAGGAUGGGAUCUCUGUAUAUCCACAAGCAACAUGGAAAAGCGGAGAUGACCCCUGUGUGUGGCUUAAGAACUAAAUCAUGGGCUUAAGACCAAGUUGCGUUGCUUCGCACCUCUCCACGGCUGUUCUCUAUGGCUCCCUGUCAUUUUUUAUUUCUGUCCUGCACAAUGUUUUCUUGCUUUACUACGUGGACACUUUUGUGUCAGUUUACAAAAUCGACAAACUGUCCUUCUGGAUUGGAGAGACAGUCUUUUUAAUCUGGAACAGCCUAAACGACCCCUUGUUUGGAUGGAUUAGUGAUCGUAUCUUUCUCAAUGCAAAACAGUCCAGUGUAGAUAUCUCAACAUCAGAAGUGGUGCUAAAAAGACUGAAGGCUUUGAGCCAAAAUGGACCCUUGUUUGCAAUUUCCUUUUUAGCCUUUUGGGUUGCCUGGGCUCAUCCUGGUUUACAAUUCCUUAUCUGCCUGUGCCUGUAUGACAGCUUCCUCACCAUGGUGGACCUCAAUCACAAUGCCUUGCUAGCAGACCUGGCUGUAUCUGCAAAGGAGAGGACUAGCUUAAACUUCCACUGUUCACUGUUCAGUGCUAUUGGAUCCCUUUCUGUGUUUGCAUCCUACACUGUGUGGAACAAAGAAGAUUUCUUCUCCUUUCGGAUAUUUUGUGUGCUCCUGGCAGCCAUCUCUGCUCUUGGGUUUACAGUGUCAACAUGGCUGCUCAGACAAAGAUUCAGAAGUGGAGCAAGAGCCAGUAUUGACCAGGAUUCCAUAUUGAAAGAAUUAUAUGUUAAUGAACCUUUGGCUUCUCCAGAGAAGAACAUCACUCUCAUUGAAUACCUUAAGCAAUUGUCUAAGCACCGAAAUUUUCUAUGGUUUGUCAGCAUGAACUUGGUACAGGUUUUUCACUGCCAUUUCAACAGUAAUUUCUUCCCCCUCUUCUUGGAGCAUUUACUCUCUGAUAGGAUCUCUCUGUCCACAGGUUCAUUCCUCCUUGGUAUUUCUUAUAUAGCUCCACAUUUGAACAACAUGUAUUUCCUGUCCAUGUGCCAAAAGUACGGUGUUUACAGUGUUGUACGAUGGAUGUUUCUACUGAAGCUGUUCCUCAGCGUUGUGAUGCUUCUCGCUGGACCUGACCAGAUCUCUUUGCUUUGUAUAUUUAUAGCCAGCAAUCGUGUUUUUACUGAGGGGACCUGCAAACUUUUGAACUUGGUUAUCACAGACUUGGUGGAUGAAGAUUUUGUGUUGAAUCGGAGAAAGCAGGCAGCCUCUGCUCUUUUAUUUGGAAUGGUAGCUUUAGUAACUAAGCCUGGGCAGACCUUCGCCCCUCUCGUCGGCACUUGGGUGCUUUGUGUUUAUACAGGAUAUGACAUCUUCCAGAGGGACGCAAUGAAUAAUAUCAGCACUGAACCACAUUUGGAAUCCAGCACAGUGCUGACCACAAGGCUCCGUCAGGGAUGCUUUUAUCUUCUUGUCUUUGUUCCAAUCACUUGCGCUUUGCUGCAGCUUUUCGCUUGGUCUCAUUUUACUCUGCGAGGGAAGCGUCUGCUUGCUGUGAAAUCUUACAGGCAGGCCUUGCCUCUAAACCUACCCUCCCAAGAUGUCAAAGCUAUAUGACCAUUUUGUAGUUUAGUAACUUCAGACCUUGAUGGGUUUUUUUUUAUAUAUAUUUUUAUAGUUCUUGUUAAAAAGAAGUAUUUAACUGACAGAUUUAAAUUAAAUUACUAUUCCUGGCUCAGGUGAAAUCCAGGAUGUAUUCAUAAUGCAACGGAGACAAACCACAUUAUCUCUCUCUUGUGCACAUGUAGGAAAGCACAAAGGCUACGCUGGUACACAAAACAAGCAGCUCUUCUGGAUUCUCAGUCCAUGUUGUCCUGGUUAUCAAAUGGCUCUGUACUGGUGCCGCACCUUUUACAGUGGAGGACUGGUUUUCUAGAGUACAUAUGGACCUGUCAGCCACUGACCGAUACAUGGUGGUCUUUUAUUUCCAAAUGUUUUGGGCUGCUAGAACACUGCCACAUCACCUCUUUCUUAUCCUCCUGUGGAAAUGUCUACAGAAGGUUCUCCAGCUCUUGUGAACUAAUCUGCCACUAUCCUUGGAGCUAGUGAAAUACUUGCUAUGAAUGCUGGGGGCAUUGGCUCACAACCAAGGAAGCAAUAGGCUUGAUAAAUACUGUACAUUCCUCUUGUAUGAUCGUUUUAUGACGGUGCUAAAGAGUAUAACGUUUUAAAAGUAUAUUUUUAACAAUGAAAUUUAGAUAUAUACCUAUAAUACACAAAAGCCAUGAA